CGAGAACUCGGCAGUCUCCGGCUGCAAGGACUAGGAUAAGCUGGUUCUGAGCUUCUAGACACCAUAGCCCAUAGGCCAUGCCGAUAAGGAGCGCCCCGUGUGCGUGGACGGUGGAAGAAUUCAAGAAGUGGGUCGACGUGAACGGCGACGGCCGGAUCAGCAAGGCCGAGCUCCGCCAGGCCAUCCGCCGCCGGGGCUGCUGGUUCGCCACCGUUAGGGCCGGCCGCGCCGUCCGCCGCGCCGACAGGGACCACAACGGCUACGUCGACGACGCCGAGCUGGAGCACCUCGUCGCUUUCGCGCGGGAACACCUCGGCAUGAACAUCUCUGCCCGUUAGCUACCUCGGUAGAGCUUCACCUGCUCAGACUAAUGCCGAAUAUGGCAACAUAGUGUCUAAGCCUAGUGUCGUGUGAUGGGUUCAGCUUGACAUGUGAACUUCUCCUGAAACCUGAAUAAUAUGUGUAAAUCCAGGAGAAUUUGUUAAGGUUUGUUACGACGACGACGUCUGCUACUAUGUAUGCAGUUGCUUAAUUUUGAGUGUUUCUGCUGUAAAAUUUGGAAGUUGCAUGAAGUAUAUAUAGAUUGGGCAAAUUUGACC